AUGGAGAAAUCUCCUCGGUCAUCAUUGUCAUCACUGUCGUCGGAAGAGGCCACCGCGGAGCCUGAGAUUGAUGAUCUGCUGGAGCACAAGGCGAGGUCCGCCAGUACCGGAUGGUCUCCCAGACUAUCCUUCGCGCUCUCCUUGUCCGUCUUGCUUAACGCAGCGCUCAUCGCCGCUCUCGCAAUCCUUCUGCGGGCACGCCAUGGGCCGAGCCGGCCUCCGUGGGUGCCGCCAGAGAGGGUCGACAAACACAUCUUUCUAUCCCAACCGGUAUCCGGCCAGGGUCCCAACGAUACUACCGAAGAUAGAUGGGCCAUGUUGAUGCCAAAAGGCAACGGCUGGAUCAAUGUGACGGUAGACGAUGGCGAGCUGCCUUACAUGCCAGGGCUAGACCGUUCCUUGCCCGAGCAAAAGGCGCGCUUAUCCGUCUUUCACCAACUGCAUUGCCUGGUGAGUCGACCGAAGACCAGGGUUCCCGAGCGCGGAAUUUGUUGA